CAAAGUUGACAAUAUGGCGACAGACUUCAAAACGGCAAGACCAGUGGAAUAUUACAGAAAAUAUUUAGAACAAGAUGUUAGACCUGAUGGAAGAGAUCUUGGAGAAUUUAGAAGAACUGUACUCAACAUUGGAUGUGUGACAACAGCCGAUGGAUCUGCACUGGUCAAGCUUGGUAAUACUACAGUAAUGUGUGGUAUAAAAGCUGAACUUUGCAAGCCAAAAACAGAAACACCUAAAUGUGGUUUUAUAGUACCAAAUGUUGAAUUAUCUCCCCUUUGUUCUCCAUAUUUUCGCUCUGGACCUCCAGGAGAGCAAGCUCAAGUGAUGAGUCAGUUUAUGUUGGAAGUUGUUAAUCACUCAAAAUGUGUUGAUUUGGAAUCAUUAUGUAUAACACAAGGCAAGUUUGUGUGGGUAUUGUACUGUGAUUUGUUAUGUCUGGACUAUGAUGGUAAUGUGACUGAUGCUUGUGUAUUGGCAUUGUUAGCUGCACUCAAAAAUGUAUGUUUACCAACUAUCAGUAUUAAUGAAGAAACAGAAAAUCCUGAAACAGACCUAACAAAGAGAAUACCAUUACCUAUAUCAUCACAGCCUGUAUCAUCUACAUAUGCUAUAUUUGAUGAUAACAUCCUGUUUGUUGAUCCCACAGCUGAGGAAGAGAACUUGGCAACUGGUAUUGUAACCAUAGUAACAACAGAUGACAAAUUAUGUCUAGUUCACAAACCUGGUGGCAGUCCAUUACGUCCUGAACAGCUAACAAACUGUUUUGACAGAUCAUUUGACAGAAGUAAAGAAAUUAGUAGACUUAUUGAUGAAACAAUACACAGUAUUGAUAGAUGAAAUAAAAUAGUUGCAUUUCAA